AAUAACGGCACUCUUUCUCUCUCAUCUCGCCGUGUAUAGAGUCCUCGAAACUGGAGUACAAUUCUUUCUCAUCCACAUUGUCAGGAAACCUCGACAUCCAACGUUGUACUACUACUCCAUUAACAAUCAACAGAUCUUGGUCGUUCCUCUCUCUUCCCUAGCUCAAAAUUUUGAUGGACCUUUCUUCAAAAAAGAGGAAUCUUUUUCGGAAUUCCCCACUUUGUUUCAACUCAUCUAGUCGAUGGUGGUGAAGAUGAUGAAAUGGAGGCCAUGGCCCCCUCUGAUUUGCAGGAAAUUUGAGGUGAGGCUCACUGUGCACAAGCUGGAGGGCUGUGAUUGGGUGUGCGAGGGUGCAGACAAAGAUAAUGUUGGUUUCGCGGUGGAGAUCAGGUGGAAGGGCCCCAAGAUAUCGCUGGGCUCAUUCAGGAGAACUGUGAAGAGGAACUGUACAAGGGAAGAGUCGGUUAAGAGGGUUGCUGACCCAAACGACGCCGUUUUGUUGGAGUGGGAUGAGGAAUUUUGUAACGUCUGUAAUUUUUCUGGUUACAAGGACAAUGUGUUUCAUCCUUGGGAGAUCAAUUUUGCUGUCUUGCAAGUCACUGAGGGGUUGAACCAAGGUGCAAAGAACAAGAUUUCAGUUGUAGGUUUGGGAACAUUAAACAUUGCUGAAUAUGCUUCAAAGACUAAGGAGGAACUUUGUGUAGUCAAAAUUCCUUUAAUCGUGUCCAACAUCGCGGUCGAUCACCAUCCCUCUCUCUUCGUAUCUCUCGACUUGCUAGAACUUCAAGGUGCACAUCAAUCAGCCGAGUUGGUCCCUGAGUUGCAUGUUCCGCCCGUUUCAGCACCCGGAGAAGCUUCUUCUAUGGAUAAAGACGAGGAGGUAUCUGCACUUAAAUCUGCUCUCAGGAAGGUCAAAUUCAUUACUGAAUAUGUGUCAACUCGGAGGCCUAGAAAGACCGGCCAUGAAGAGGAGGGUAGUGAACGCAGGUACUUCUCUAAGAGUGAGGACGACGAAUAUGCUUACCCUUGUGAAUUGGACUCAACUGAUGAAUUUGAGGAAGGAGAAUGUGAUGAAGGCAAAAAGGACUGUGCUGUUAGGAAGUCAUUUAGCUACGGAACACUGGCUUAUGCUAAUCAUGCUGGUGUGUCAUGUUAUUCUGGUGCUACCAGCUAUGAUGCUGAAGAUUGGGUUUACUACAGUCACCGCCGGGGAUCAGAUGCUGGCUGCCCUCCUGUAGAGGACUCGAUUUCUUCAGCUCCGGAGCUAUCACUGAUACAAAACUCCAAACGUAGUAUUUUGCCUUGGAGGAAGAGGAAGCUGAGUUUCCGAUCUCCUAAAGCCAAAGGCGAACCAUUACUUAAAAAGGCUAAUGGUGAAGAAGGUGGAGAUGAUAUAGAUUUUGACCGCAGGCAGCUUAGUUCGGAUGAAUCUCUCUCUCCAAAGUGGCAAAGAACAGACAAGGAUCCAAAUGCAAAUCGAUCAUCGUUGUCUGAGUUUGGCGAUGAUAAUUUUGCUGUUGGAGUCUGGGAGCAGAGAGAAGUAACAAGCAGGGAUGGACACAUGAAGAUUCAGACGCAAGUCUUUUUUGCUUCGAUUGAUCAGCGUAGUGAGCGUGCUGCGGGAGAAAGUGCUUGUACGGUUCUUGUUGCUGUUAUUGCUGAUUGGUUGCAGAAGAACCGCAGCCUCAUGCCCAUCAAGUCGCAGUUUGAUAGUUUGAUCAGAUAUGGAUCCUUGGAAUGGAGAAAUCUUUGUGAGAAUGAAAUUUACAAGGAGCGUUUUCCCGACAAACACUUCGACUUAGAGACAGUCCUCCAUACGAAAAUCCUUGAUCUUUGCAUCGUUCCCAGCAGUUCCUUUGUUGGGUUUUUCCAUCCUGAUUGUAUAGAAGGGGAACAUUUUGAUUUUCUGCAUGGUGCCAUGUCCUUCGAUGUUAUUUGGGACGAGAUCAGCAGGCCAGAGAGUUCCACCAGUGGUGAAGCUCCGAUUUUCAUAGUCAGCUGGAACGAUCACUUUUUCGUCCUCAAGGUCGAGACAGAUGCUUACUACAUCAUCGACACUUUAGGGGAGCGUCUGCACGAAGGAUGCAAUCAAGCUUACAUACUGAAAUUCGACAGGAACACGACUAUCUAUAACCUGAAAAAUGGUGAUGAAUCACGAGAAGCAAAAUCUGCUGGCGAGCAAUGUGCUUCUGCUGCGUCAGUUGAGCCCGUUGACUCAAACGUGCAGGAAGCUAAGUUGAAGGAAGAGUCGGAGGAGAAGGAGAAGGAUGAAGAGGUUCUCUUUCACGGUAAGGAGUCGUGCAAAGAGUACAUAAAAAACUUCUUGGUUGCAAUCCCAAUCAGAGAACUGGAAGCAGAUGUGAAGAAAGGUUUGUCAAUGUCGACUCCCCUUCAUCACCGGCUGCAGAUAGAGUUUCACUACACGCGAUUGGAGCAGCAACCAGCGUUUGUUUCUCAGGCAACGGAGGUUGAUGUAUCUAUACCUGAAGUUGAGGCCUGAAUCUGGUAAAUGUAUAUCUGACUAGGGUGUAUAGCUAACUUCAAAAAUCCUUCGAAGAGGGGCGUGUGCUGACUACGAUGUAUCAUAGGACUAGGAAUCUACACUGAAGUUCAUCUUGGUGUACGCAUAUUGUGUUCGAUUCCCCGAUUGCUCUAGGUUGUACUUCUAGUAAUGUAUAAGGUGAUAGCAUUUUUUGGAUCCCACUUUGAUUUUGUCUUUCAUUCACUGGCUGUUAACUUUCUUUUAGAUUUGAAUGACAUAACAAUGUUGUUACUGAUAUCCA